UUCAUACGCAGGGUUAAUGGAGGCUUGGUGAGGGACAGAUGUCGUGAAUACGACACUUGUUAACAUUUUAUUGGACCAAGAGCGUUAUGAUGGUGGUAGAGAAUUUUUGAAAUGUCUGGUGCAUGUACUGAUACCAUUAUUGUAUGGUUUGCUUGCUGGAUUUAGCUGACGCGAUUGUUGAGAUCUGGAUUGUGGUCGGAUAAGUUACAGAGGCUCAAAGUCUGGAUGUUGAAUUGGUGACUCAACCAUGAAGAUUCACACAUGAUGCAGAAAUAGGUGAGCACCUGCAGAAAAUUCCACCUGGCUCAGCAUGGAUGUGAUGAAGAAGCUGCUGUCUUCGCCUGUGACGCGGGAUCGCCGGUUUCCUGCGGUGAUGCUGCUCCUUGUCAGCAACACUGUCUGCCUCACACUUCUUCUGCACUGGUGUCGUACUUCUAACAGCAUGGUGCUGCUGGCCUAUACGUCGCUCAGCUACUUCCACCUGCUGUCGCUGCUCACCACACUGCUCAGCAUCUGGGUGGGCAGCCGGCGGCCGGAGCUGCGUAUGUCGUUCGGCUACGAGCGCUGCGAGGCGCUGGCCGUGUUCAGCAGCACCGUGCUGACGCAACUGGCCGCCCUCUUCGUCGCCAUGAGCUGCGCCGAGCGGCUCUUCUACCCGCCAGAUGUUGUCACGGGCCGACUGGUGCUGGGCGCCGCCACCGGCCUGUUCUCACACGUGCUGCUGGUGUACGCCGGCCGGAACCGCACGCUGGAGCACGUGAUCCAGGUGUCGCCCUCCAGCUGGCUGCAAGAGCAGUUCGCCGAUGUCUGCCACAGCCUAUGCUCGCUUGUGCCCGGCCUGGGCCGGCUGAUGGUGCCACGGGUGCACGCGCUGCUGCUGCUGUCGACCGCCGGCGGCGCGCUGGUCUGCCUGACUGACCUGAUCAUCGAGACGCGCCGCUACCACCUGCUGGACCCGGUGGCCGGCCUCUGCCUCUCGGCCUGCGUGUGCGGCACCAUGCUGCCACUUUGCGUCAACGUCGCCAAGUCGCUGCUGCAGACCACGCCGUCCCACGUGGUCUCACAGCUGGAUAAGUGUUUGCGGGAGGCGCUGACUCUGGACGGUGUGCUGGAGUUUCGUCACGAGCAUUUCUGGACGCUCUCCACUGGGGUGCUGGCGGGGUCUUUGCACGUACGCGUGCGGCGCGACGCCAACGAGCAGGAGGUGUUGUCACAGGUGUCCGCCAGGUUCACUAGUCUCGUGCACAUCCUGACUGUACAGGUGUUCAAGGACGACUGGACGCGCAGCCAGGCGACGCUGCAGCUGCUGACGUCCUCGGCGCUGACGCUGGGCGAGGCCCAGUACGCCUCGCCCAGUUACGCCUCGCCACGGCUCAACAACGAUUUCUCCCACUUGAGCUUUUCGCCUGUGGAGGCGGCGCCCAAGCCGGGCGCCACAGUUGUGGGUGCCGCCAACGGCGCGCCGGCGCGGACCUCGCGCGGCGCCGGCGACUCGCAGCGGGUGUACCUCAGCGCCUUGGAUGAGCACCCGCCGCCGCCGCCGACGAUUCUGGGCGGCUUCAAGGGGAAGCGCCCACAGCCAGAGGAAAAGCUGGUGAUCAUGGUGUAUCACCAGCGGAUCUCGCGCAAAUUAUGUGUUACAGUGCACAAGGUGCGGAUCACGCAGCUUACCUACUACAGUCUUAACUACGUUAGCCAUGCGAUGCUGCAAAGCUCCUAG